AUGGAGAAGAUGAGCGCAUCCCGCCGUGUGCCCAGCCUUGGGCACAAGCAGGCGGCGAAGUGGAAUCAAACCCUCAUGAAGGAGUUCCAGAAUGAACUCGAAAGAAACCCCACCGCCGACCUCAUGACCAUGUUCCAUGAGCCAUAUCUUAUUGAUCAUCGACGGGUCGUGAAACGUGGACUAUCUUCUGCCGCGAAAUACAAUCUAGACGUUAUGGAAGAGCUUGCCCUCGAUGUCAAACUUGAUCCCGAAAGUGCCAAGAUCAUUUUUCCCUUGUCUGCGCAGGUCCAUGAUGCAGUCGCGAAGUUUAUGGAAGUGCCCACGGAAGACGAGGAUGGGGAAGCUUCCAGCGAUGGUGGCGAAGAUUACUCUAGCGAUGAGGAGGAAGAGCAGUCCGGCGACGAGGAAGAAGAACACUCCAGCGACCAGAGCUCGAUAUGCUCACCCGAAGGUAGCGAGGCUUCUACCGAGGCUUCCACCGAACCUACUCCAGCCGAAGGUUCUCCUGAACCGAUCGAACUUCCCUGCAGAGAGAACAACAAGGCACUUGCCGUGGCCCUCAAAAGGCUCCUCUGGGACUCACCGAAGAUAUGGGAGUUUCCGGGUCGGGGUGUGGUGGUCCAGUGCUGUGAAGGAGUUGUGGCGAAGGUCAUGGACGGCAGUGAAGAAGAUACGACAGAGUACACAAGCAUGGAAUUUGUUGCCGAGCGAGCCCCUGGAAUUCCUGCUCCAAGAAACCAUGGAUUUAUCAUCCUUGGACGCUACAGCGUUCUCUUCAUGACGCAUAUUCCAGGAACCACCUUAGAGAAAGUGUGGCCCAGCCUCUACCAUGAGGACAAGCUAUCGAUUCAGAGGCAGCUGGAAAAAAUAUUUCUUGAGUUGCGAGCCCUUUCUUCGGAUCAACAAAAGGUUGGAGGAGUGUGCGGAGAAGGUGCCAAAGAAGACAAGCUCAAUCCCUUUGGUCUAUUCCCAGAUCUUACCACACCCAAGCAAUUCAGCGACUUGCAAUUCCAGGGCCCUGCCAAAUGCAACAAGGCAUUCAUCGACCUUCUUCAAUCAUUCCUCGAAAAGGAUCACUCUGUGAAGAAAGGACUGGUUUUCUCGCAUGGCGAUCUCCGGCCUGCCAAUAUCAUGGUCAAGAAGGAGUCAGGCGCCGACCAUUAUGAGAUUACAGGACUCAUAGACUGGGAAGAAAGCGGCUUUUACCCAACAUAUUACGAAUCCGUCCAUCUUACACGCAACUUCACUGGGGGAAGCGGAGAACAAGACGACUGGUACUCCUACGUGCCGAAGAUGAUUUCCCCGCGAAAAUUUCCCGUCCGCUGGCUUGUUGAUCGAAUGUGGGACAGGAUUUACAACAAGUGGUAG